CAUGCAGUUGGCAUUAAAAGGAUCUCGUUCCCCAGAAGCUAAACGGAGAAACCUUGGGAUAUGCUGCAUCUGACUCCAUUUACAAAGAACUUAAACUGAUGAUGGAUAUGUCGUCAUUCUAACUACAAUCUCAAGGACACCAAUGUGAGGACAACAAAGAAUACAGAGAAGCAACUAAGAAUGAUAUUUACUGCCCCUGACAUUGUGUCUCUGGCAAUUUAUUUUACCACUGUUUUUGGAACUGUAGCAAACCUCGUCAUUCUCUUUGCCUUCAUUAGCAAUGCCAUCAGACACAAAGCCUUCCAGCCCCUGGACAGGAUCAUAACCAACAUGGCCAUAGUCAACCUCUUGUUGUGUUGUUAUAGGGAGAUCCCUGGAAUACUAGUGUUCUUCAACUCCAGUAUUUUUGGCACCUUGGGAUGCCAGCUCCUGCUUUAUUUCUACCAUACCCUCAGGCUCAUCAGUAUUUGGUCUGUUGAGAACUUGAGCUUUCUCCACCUCAUAAAGAUAAGGAGUCCUGGUAACCAGUGGUCCAAGUUCAUCCACAGACAUCAAGGACAGUACGUCAAUUGGUCCCUUGCCAGCUGUUGGACUUUCAGCAUCACCUUCCAUACGCCGUAUCUUAUAUACAAAGAUCGUGUGACUCCAUAUAACAAAAGCAACCCAUUGGUGACAAGUACCUAUUGCAUAAGUCCAACUGAAAAUAUGCCUCUUAGACUCUUAACCUACGCCACAGUGACCUUGGACCUGUUGUUAAUAAUCCUGGUCAUCCUGUUGAAUGGAUUUAUAAUAGAUCUGAUCUGUAGGCACAGGAGGCAGGUGAGGGAUGUCAUGACUGCCAGGCGUAGUUGGAACAAGCACACGGCCCAAGCUACGAAGACUUUGCUUUCUCUUCUCACCCUCUAUGUCAUCUGCUGGAUCUCCAGCGACAUGGUGUGGAUAGCCAUCGUUUCUGGGCUUAUAGAAAAUGAUUAUGAUAAUGACAUGCUUUCUGCCAUGUUUGGAAUGUUAUCUUCGGUCUACUACUCGGUUAGCUCUUGCAUAAUGGUCUUUGGUUACAGACAGGUGAAGGAUUACUUGUCAGAUCUCUGCAGCUGUUGGCCUUGUAGAAUACAAAGCUCCGUAGAGAACAUGGGACAUCAGUAGUGGGAAUAUUGGCUUUGUUGGCGGAAUAUAACAAGUGUUAACAUUGACAUGUUUUCUUUCAGUUUCAGUGAGUCAUUAAAUUUUGUACCC